UACACUUUACGAGAAACGGAGGAGUGGCAAACUGUUACUCCAUGGAGCUCUCCGCUGUGCUGCUCCUGGCUGGCGCCGCAAUUUGUGCAUCUUUGGGUACCAUAGCUGGGACCCACAGUCUUCACUAUAACCUCACAGUGAGGUCCCAAGGUGGAUCAGUGCAAUCAAGGUCCUUUGCCAAUGGUUAUUGGGACCGUCAGCUCUUCCUUCACUUUGAUAGUGACAAAAAAGAAAGUGCAAAGCCUCAGGGGCCAUGGGCAGAAAAACCUUUGGGAACUGAAAGCUGGGACACAGAGAUCCAGGAGUUGGCAGAGCACAGCAAGAAUCUAAAAGCAAUCCUGGCAGAUAUCAAUGCCUGGCAAGAGCAGAAAGGAGGGUCUCAUUUCCUCCAGGAGACUUGGGGCUGCAAGAUUCACAAGGACAACCGCACCAGGGCCUUCUGGAAUUUCUACUAUGAUGGGGAGCCCUUCCUCUCCUAUCAUCCAGAGACACACAGCUGGACAAUGGAGCCAUCCUCAGUUCAGAACUUGGCUAUGGAAGUCAAGAAUUCCUGGGAUGCAGAUGGCAUGCAAAGCAAGGAUUACUGGGCCCAAGUUCAGGGAGAGAUGUGUGGAAGACUCAGGAGAUAUCUAGUCUUCUGGAAGGACUCCUCCUACUCCCCUGGAGCCUCUGCCCAGAGGACCUUGUUGUCCCCAGUAGUGAAUGUGACCUGUGCUGAGGCCCUGGAGGACACCAUCAAUGUGACAUGUUGGGCUUUUGGCUUCUAUCCCCAGAAUAUCUCUGUGACCUGGCUUCAGGAUGGGGAACCCCUGAGCCAGGGCACCCAGCAGUCUGGUGGUAUCUUUUCCUGUGAAAAUGGGACCUACCAGACCUGGGUGUCUACCAGGAUUCCCCAAGGACAGGAGCAGGGGUUCAGCUGCCAUGUGGGACACAGUGGGAACAACAGCACUGGCCUUGUGUCCUGUGGGACUGCACUGCUGCUUCCGAGCCAAUGGGCUGCCUUCCUGGGUGUGGCUGCUGCUGUUGCUGCUGUGAUUAUGAUUAUUGUUUGUGUCUGCUCCUGCAAGAAAAGGAAGACAAAAUCUACUGCAGAAGGUUCAGGAGUGCCCACUGUGGGAGACCUGGAUUGUGACCAUGCCAAUGCAAUGGAACAGAUGAUAGAUGGGCCUACAGUUCACACUGCAGAAUCUCAGGAAAAUCCUAGUUUUCUUUGGAAAGAAGACCUCUGAGGACUAUGAGGAUUGUCACCUACAGAAGUCCCUGCUAGAGCCCCUGAGCCUAUAUGACCCAGAUCAGUAGCAGAGGACACCAAGUGACUACACUGGAUCCACACAGCUGGGGUGUCAACCUUUGCUGAGAGCUCCUGGGGCUACUGGGGGAGCUUACACUGGGCAGGCCUACUGUGACAAGCACUUUUUGUCUUGGUGCCUUGGUUUCCUCAUCUCUACAAUGUGGAAACAUAUGUUUGCUAACAAAUGCACCUGUUCUGAACUAGUAUCCUUAUUAUUUUACUGUAUUUUAACACAUUAUAUAUUGUGGGAGACCAACCUCGCACAUGACUUGAAACACUCCCCGACUGGGUGCUGAGGUGUCCAAGUAGCAGAAAUGCAGCUGGAUUUCCUUACCUUUAUUAGGUUCCAGGAUGGAGUCCAUAUAGAGGCAUGUCUCACCACUACCUCAAGGACCCAAUCACCUCAUCUGACCUUGCAAAAAUACUGCUCUCCUUGACUUUCAUUGGACGGGAUUUUCCCCAGAGUUUUUAGUUCCCCAAUAAAAUCCCACUCCCUAGCUUGUGUUCUAUGCCCCCCUCCCCGCCCCCACUCUUGCCUCUCCAGUAAAACCUCACUCCCCCCCCCCCAAACCCUCACUUCCCCCCUGGGGAGCUUGAGGCUGAAAGCUCCAGGAGCCAUCCCAGACCUGGUUUAAAGGUAAAAUUGUGUGUCUGUGUCUUUAUUUCAAACUCCCUGAGAAUUUUCCUGUGUGAUUGAACCAUUCACCAUCUGCGCUGGCCGUGGACUAAAAUAUAUAAGUAUGGUGAUUGUGUUGUAAUAAAUGAGAUUAUUUGUAAGUAUCCUUAUUCUGCCUCCUCCCAAGAAACCUAAAAUACAUGCUCUUCUUCAUUGUUGAGGGAACUUCAAACCCUCUCUGACUGUUUAUCUUACCUCUUGUCUGUAUCAUUUUACAUUACGAAUGUUUAAACACUUUUAAAUAUGAAACAUAUCUGGUCUGUGUUCAUGUUCUAGGAAGGGACCGUGUGACAGGGUCAGCAAAAAUAACAUGUUUGACUCCAUGUUUGACAGAGAGUUAAACAUAUGUUUAACAUAGACCGUGUUGAGAGCCAGAGUCUGUGGCAUUUUUAAAAAUAUUUUUAAUUGAUUUUAUUUUUUAAAUACAUGACAGCAGAAUGCAGUAUAAUUCUUAUUACACAUACAGAACACAAUUUUUUAUAUCUAGAGUCUGUGGCAUUUUGCAGAUGAUGUUGAAUGAAUGUGCUGGCUUCAAAUUCUGAGGAAUUUGGCAGUGUCUUCAGAAUAGCUGAGGUGUUGGUGCCAGUCCUUUGCCAGACAUCUGCUCUAUAGCCUGGCAGAGAUGAGCAUCCAGAAGGAAUUCCCAUGGGGCAUCCUGAACAGGCACAACUUCCUUUUCUCAGAGAUUGCUUAGCAACGGCACCAACACCCCAGUGGUUAUUUGCAAAAAUAAGCAACAGGCCUUUCCCACUCAAAGGCACAAAAAUUCAACUACAGCCUCCUCUUUUAUAGCCUAAUGUAAAUGGCAUGUACAAAUCCAGAUCUUUCUUGUGUGGUUUACGUUGUACGGUGAUGUGGCUGGUAAACCCUGCUGUGAUAAGAUUACUUCCUCCUGUUUUUAGCAAGAUUGUCAUUUGGGUGUUGUAGCUUCAAUAUGCAAGGACCUCUCCAGAAUGUCAGAGACACCCACUACCCACACAGUCUUCAUGCCCUUUGGUAACAUAGGCAACUGCUGCUGCCCCUGGACCCUUGGCACAAGCCCGCCUCACACUGCCACUCACUAUUCCAACUUCCAGACGCUUACUGUGCAUGUGUUUUUCAAUUUAAUGUUUAAAUAUGUUCCCUUUACUCCCAUGUUUGUCAAUCAGGAUCAUACUCACAUGCUAAAUGUACAAUUUUAAAGUCAUCGUUUAUUUAUAUGUAUUUUAAUUAUGGCAUAUAGAGAUGCUAUUGAAUGUUUUGUUUUCAUUACAUCCAAGUUACACUUGAUUAAAUGACCAUUAUUGGUGCUUAUGGUUUUUUUCCUUGAUUUUUGAUGCUAACAUAUAAAAUUGUACUGUGUUCA